GCUUCUCUGCGUACUGCCCCAAAGUCUUGCACACUUAGAAACACGCCGAAAUAGGGGAAGGGGCAGAGGGAGGCUUAGCGCGGCUGGAACAGAGUUAGGCAGCCGCAGAGACCCGCCUGCGAGUGUGAUGACCCAGAGGAUGGGAGACCAGGUGAGAAUCCCACCUGGGGCGACUGGGUUGUACAGAGCAGUGCUAGUCAAAUCAGCAUCUAUGUAUUCAGAAAUACAAACAGAGCGGCCUGAUAUUGGGAACAUCAUGACCCAUCCUGAUUAUCUCGAUGGAAACCCUGAUCUUAUCAAACCUAAAAAGCUGCACAAUCCUGUAAGAGCCUCGAAAAGCCAUCAGGAACUUCACAGGGAGCUACUUAUGAAUCACAGAAGAGGAUUGGGAGUUGAGAGUAAACCAGAACUACAAAGAGUCCUGGAGCAUCGUCGACGAAACCAGCUGAUGAGACAGAGGAAAGAAGAAGAAGAGGCAAAGAAAUUAAAAUCUCCAUUUGAACAGGAGCUCUUGAAGAGGCAACAGAAGCUUGAUCAGUUGGAAACGGAAGACAAGAAGCAAGAAGAGAAUGCACCAGAAUUUAUUAAAGUCAAAGAAAAUCUGAGGAGAACAUCUGCAGUAACUGGGGCAGAGAAAGUUGUAUAGCAAGGCAUCAGCUAAGACCAUAAUAGAUUAAGAUCUUCUGCUUUGAAUACCUACAUUCUGACAUUUUGGUAAACAGUGGACGUUCAAAGUUAUGUCUUUGGGGCUACUUACUAUACAUUAAUGCUUGCUCCAGUAAAAGUUUUGAUGGGGCAUUUUCACAUCUGGGGAAAAAAGAACACCCAAACAAUGUGGCUUUUUGUUCACAAGAGUCCUCAGAUGCGAAAAAGAUAAGGUAAUGGAGAUCUAGGCUUCCUUUCAAGUACUGGGAUAAUGCCAAUAAUGCAGGUGUCCUUUCCCAUCACUAACCUUUGGCUAAUCCCUUGAGAUUCAGCAGGACAGGCGCAUGUGUAGAAUGGGAGAUGCUGUCUGAAGAGAAAGAGAUUGCUAAACACUUGGGAUUUCAAGUUUUUAUAUAGCAGAGCAUUCCGUUGGUGGUAUUGAAAUCUUCAGUUUAGCUAAAUCAGUGCUUGAGGGAGCAAGUUGGAAAACUAAAAAAGAUGGUAAAAGGGGAAGUUAUGAUCCAUAGGGAAAGUACUAGCUAAGGUUUAGAGCACAUCUACCUAGGCUGGCAUCAUAGGUGCUGUAUCCAAGCAACAAUAUCCAGCAGAUAUAUGUGUGUUUCUUUGUUCCUGGGAUGUAGCAGCCCUGUGCUGGCUUCAGUCAUAAAAUGAUGUUUAAGAUUCUUGUCACAAAUCAACAUCCAUGACAAUUAUAUAGUCAGGUUUACUAUGACAAGGAUAUUGAGUUAUUUCCAAAUAGUGGGAUAGUCCACAAGUCUUCUCCAGAAUGAGAAGCAGAAAUAAGAUAAUCUACUUUCUGGAAAGGAUCUUUAAGAGCAGCAGAAAAAGUAAAAGAAGGUACAGUCCUCUGAAUUAUCUGGGUAAAAAUAAUAGGAGAGCAACACAGAAAACAUAGAUCUGCAAGUAUGUUUCCAAAAAGCAAGUGACAAAUCCACAAAAAAGGAUUUGAGAGAAACAGCAAAGAAUUCGAGGGAGAAGGUCACGGAACAAUGCCAGAUGGAAGAUCUUCUGACUUUUGGACAAAUAUAACACAUUAAAGUAAGAUAAUUUUUUUAAAAAAAUCUAAUGAAAUGGAAGAUUAUUUGUAGAUUAUAGCCAGAUGAGGUCUACUCCUUCCUGGUGUCCUUUCCUGUUUCUAAAAUCCUGUGAACAAUAUGCUUACUAUACAGCUGCUUAUUAUAGUACUGGCUGCUUGAAAUGAUUUUAAAAUAUAUGACAACAGCAAGGCAAAAAAGGGGAGUUGCCAACCCCGCUUCAACUCUUAUUUCUGGAGGUAGAGUUAGGAGCCGACCACAUGUCUGUCCAAUGGAGCACCACUCACGCUUGGUUUUCAGAAGGAUGGCUGUGUUGGUUUUUUACAGCAAAAACAAGAGACUUCUUUUAAAGGCUUCUUAAAAUAUCACAAGGUUCUUUGUCUUUCACUUAAUCUUGGAGUGCAGAUAAACAUAACCAAAAGCCACAAUAGCUUUUUUUUAGUUUCACAAUUUACAUAUGACAGAUUAGGGUCAGCUUUUCUGGUAGGGAGGGCCCUCUGAGGUGCAGAUGGCUGUUCCACCAGGGAGGGACAGGCCAAAGUAAUACAUAUUAUCAUCUAGAACUCAUAAAUGACUUAAUUGUAAUGACAGAUUUUGGGGUGGGGGGAAGGUUAUUAAUAAAGAGCAGUUGUAUCUUUUGUGAAGUCUAUAUUCUGUGAAUUAAAGCAGGCAACAACCAAAUAAACUAAUUUUACUUUUUAAAAGUAAU